CUCCCAGAAUUUACCUAAUCCACAACCUUAAUAACAGAUAUUCUGAUAAAAGCAUUCAUUUGUUGAAUACAUGGUCAGUUCUUAUCUGUGGUAGUUGGUCAAGGAUUCAGGUUAUCCAUUAUUCAGAUUAAACUUUACCACAAAACAGUCCACAACUUUAUAUACUGUUAUUUGUAUCUUCAUCUCUUAGGCCACCAAGAAAAUGGCAACUAAAUGGGGAAUUUGUUCUGCUGGUAAAAUAUCAAAUGAUUUCACAGCUUGUUUAGAAUCAACUCCUGAUACAGAGCAUCAGGUUGUAGCAGUAGCAGCUAGAGAUCUAGAUAAAGCCAAACAAUUUGCUGAUCAUUUCGAUAUUCCAACUGCAUAUGGAAGCUAUGAAGAAUUAGCUAAUGAUCCAAACAUAGAGGUAGUGUAUAUAGGAACAAUCCACACCUACCAUAAAUCUCUAUCUAUACUAUUCCUGAACCACGGAAAACAUGUCGUAUGUGAAAAACCUUCAUCAUGCACCUAUCAGGAUACAGAGGAAGUUCUUCAAGUGGCAAAAACUAAAAAACUGUUUUAUUUAGAGGCUUGCUGGUCACGAUUUUUCCCAUUACAUCAAGAUGUAUUGUCAAUGGUAUCUGGUGGAGAUAUUGGUCAAGCCAAGUCGGUCAUUGGUCAGUUUAAUGUCUGUAGCGUGGACGUUGAGAGAAUAAAAUACAAAAAAUUAGGAGGAGGGGGAAUGUUAGAUGUAGGAAUUUAUCCCAUUUUAUUAACCAAUAUGUUUUUUAAAGGACGACCAGAAUCCAUCACGGCUCAAGGCUUUCUCAGUGAAGAAGGUGUAGAUUUAUGUGGUAGCUUGAUAUUAAAAUAUUCCAAUGGUCGAAUUGCCACAUUACAUUACAAUACAGAAGUCACCAAUUCUUAUAAUUUCUUCCAUAUCAUGGGAACAAAGGGCUCAAUACAGGUAAAUGAUCCAUGUUGGUGUCCAACUGAGGUUGUAGUUAAUGGAGAGAACAAGAAAUAUCCCCUGAUACCAGUCAAAGAAAAAUACACCCUCAACUAUAUAAAUAGUCAAGGAUUCCAUUUUGAAGCCAACGAAGUCAGAAAAUGCUUAAAAGAAGGAUUACUGGAGAGUAAAUGGAUGAAUCAUGAAGAUACGCUGGAUAUAAUGUUUAUCAUGUCUCAAGCCUUGAAACAAAUGGGAGUGUCUUAUUCUUAGAUUAUUGUUAUCUGUUACAUUUUAUCUUUCAUAAUACUGUUUUUCUUCUAUAUAAAAUUUAAACAGUGAA